UGAGCGCAUUACCAAAGCAAACCACCUAAAAGAGAGAAAGAACAUCGGAGAGUGACGUUAACACGACCGUUGAUAGGCACCGUUUCAACUCGCCGCCGGUGACAUUAAAACCGCCUAAGCACAAUUAUCUCAGAAUCUCCCAUUACCCUUUUCAGAAAGAUCCUCACUUUCCUUCCUCAACCUGUUAUUGCUUCACUGCAAUACAAUCUUCAAUCCCCUCUCUAUUUACUCUCUUCCAGGGUAAAGACCUUAUCUGAUAAUGGUCUUCUAAGACGAGGAUACAAGUCUCUGUCAUCGACAUGAAGGAGAGUGUAACCAAGGGGAGGAUCGAGAAAGAAACAGAUAAGGCUUGUGUUUCGGUUGAGAAAGCUGAGUCUACUUUACUCUCAUCUCUUGUGAAGAAAGGGAAAGUAACAUCGAAUAAAAGGAAGUAUACUAAGCGCAAAACCGAGGAAGAACUAAGUUCAAAAUCCAACAAGAGGAAGUAUUCUCGUGGGCUGGUUCGUUGCAAUGAGGAGGAGGAGGAGAAGGGUAAGAAAACGAGGAAGAGGAAAAGUAAGAGACAACAAAAGGGUAAUAAGGCUGAGGAGGAGGAGGUAGAUGAAGCGUUACGGUUGCAGAGACGGACAAGGUAUUUGCUUAUUAAGAUGAAGAUGCAGCAGAAUCUCAUCGAUGCCUACGCAGCUGAAGGUUGGAAAGGUCAGAGCCGGGAAAAGAUAAGACCAGACAAGGAGCUUGAGAGAGCACGGAAACAUAUCUUAGACUGCAAGCUUGGACUACGCGACGCCAUUCAUCAGUUAGAUCUUCUUAGCUCGGUGGGAAGCAUGGAAGAGAGAGUUAUGGCUCCAGAUGGUUCUAUUCAUCAUGACCAUAUAUUUUGUGCGGAAUGCAACUCGCGAGAGGCUUUUCCGGACAACGAUAUAAUACUUUGUGAUGGAACGUGUAACCGUGCGUUUCACCAGAAGUGUCUUGACCCUCCUUUGGAAACAGAAAGCAUACCUCCUGGAGAUCAAGGCUGGUUUUGCAAAUUUUGUGAUUGCAAAAUUGAAAUCAUCGACGCAAUGAAUGCGCAGAUAGGAACUCAGUUCUCUGUGGAUAGCAACUGGCAGGAUAUUUUUAAUGAAGAAGCUAGUCUUCCUGUUGGAUGUGAAGCUACACUAAACAAGGAAGCGGAUUGGCCUUCGGAUGACUCUGAGGAUGGUGAUUAUGACCCUGAAACGAAGGAUAAAAGCAGCAGCAAAAGCGAUAGUGGUGGUGGUGAUAAUGAUGGGGAAAGCGUUUCGAGUAGUAGCGUGAGUUUAGCGUCUGAUGGUGUAGCACUUUCAACAGGAUCGUGGGAAGGUGGCAAUAUGGUGGAAUCAGGGGAGACGAGUAACGAAGAAACUGUGUGCGGGCCAAGACAGAGGAAGACUGUUGACUAUACUAAACUAUACCAUGAAAUGUUUGGAAAGGAUGCUGUUCUGCAAGAGCAAGGUAGUGAAGACGAAGAUUGGGGUCCUAGUGACAGAAGGAAGAGAAGAAAGGAAUCUGAUGGAGGAAGCACACUUGGAACUGUAUGUGAAAACAAUAAGAAAGAUCAAGAUGUUAAGGAAACACCAGAACAGAGUGAGAGAGAUUCUGUCUCUGUAGAAGGCAAAGUUGGGAAGAGACGGAUGUUCAGAAUCCCAAGAGCUGCAGUUGAGAAGCUACGUCAAGUGUUUGUAGAGAAUGAGCUUCCUUCCAAAGCUGUGAGGGAUAGUCUUUCAAAAGAGUUGAGUCUUGACCCAGAGAAGGUUAGCAAAUGGUUCAAAAAUGCGCGGUAUAUGGCAUUGAGGAAUAGGAAGACGGAAAGUAUGAAACAACCUGAAGGGUCGAAGGCGGGGUCUGGAGAUUCUGGACCAGAAGCAGUCAUGAUGGAGAAAAACACAGAAACAAAUGAGACUCAAUGUAUUGUUGAUGAGAGCGUCAUGGAGGAAAACAUUGGAACAAAUGAAACUCAAGGCUCUGUGGAUGAAACUACCAAGGAGAAAAACACAGUAACAAAUGGAAUUAAAGAUACCUUGGACGAGACUGUCAUGGAGGAAAACACAGAAGCACCAAAAAUUCAAGAUACCUUGGUUGAGACUUUCAUGGAGAAAAAAUCAGAAACAAAUGUGAUUCAAGAUACAGCGGACGAGACUGUCAUGGAGUACACAGAAACAAAGGAAGUGCAAGAUACUGUAGACGUGGAGAACAACUCAGAAACAAAUGAAAUACAAGGCACCAUGGAAAUAAAUGAAAUUCAGGAUACCAUGGACGAGACUGUUCCACUCAGUUAUGAUGGUUUUACCAAUCAGACGACAGUUUCUGCGUGUAAUGAUAAGCAGGAGGAAACUGAAGACGCCAAUGACUCCUUUCCUACUCCCCCAGAAGAUGAGAGUCAACAGUAUCUUGAACAGAAAGACUCUUCUUUCGCUCUAGUGCCGCAUGAAGAGCUAACCAGCGAAAUGAGCGUAGAGACGCCUCUUGAGGAUAAGGAGGCAGAGGAAGAAUUGGAAGCGUUGAUGGAGGUUCUUUGUAGAGCAGAAAACAAGUUAAUGGAUGUAACGCAUAGGCUUGAGAGAUUUAAAACACCGAAAGGCCGUAAAAAGUUAAGCAAGUCUUCUUCUUGUUUAUCUGAAGAAGACUAUGUAGUGUAUGUACCAACAGCAGAGAUCAAAGUGAAAAGGUGAAAAGAAACGUAGAUCUCUUGCUCAAGUUUUGGUGUUGUUAGAUUCUUUGGGAAAUCAAGUCUAAGAAUACCCUUUUGUAUUUUGUCCAGCUUGUCAUCUAAAGAUUCUAAACUUAAAAUAUAUCCCAGGAAAACAAAAUAAAACUGGGGUUAUUAUAUGAGAGACUUACAUAAAA